AUGGGAGAUCACCGUCCUCCUACUCUGGCUCAGGAUCCUGGCAUACCUCAGCCUCCUACUACAGGGGAUUCGGCUCCUCCUGAGCAUGUUCUACACCAAGUCUUAACUCUUCUCGCUCAAGGCAAAGACCUCCAGGAGGGAGCCUCUGCUAAGGAGGGUCAAGCUUUCCUCACAGAACGCCUAGCACAUGCACAGUUGGUCGGUAUCGAUCCCACCUUAGUCCCGUCAAUUACGUUGUUCCACCGUUUCCUGAAUAAACCUAAUGCGGAAACGGAUUUCUUGUCUACGGACAUUGAGGACUUUCUCGGUCAAGAGGACAUCGUUCAGAUUCAAGGUAGCAGUUCUUCUUCGGCUUUCAAAUCGGUAGAUGCUCUGAACAAAAAAGCCUCCACAGUCCGUAUACCCAAUCGCUUAGCUCUGCUGGGUGUUACCUUGAUCAAAUGGGUAACGGCUGGUUCUCUAAUAUGUUCUUUACCCAGAGGUCUCCUCUUGAGCCACGUAGCUGCAACCAUGCACUGUGCCGAUUUAUACGGUACGGCUGUAGCUCUGUCAUAUCAUCGUCACCAAACGGCUAAAGCUGCGAUUGAAUUGUCCAUGGGUAAGCCUGCUGUGGACAUUGCCAUCAAAGAGUUCAAUAACCUGACAGCAUUUGAAUGUAAGCAGCGGCUAGAUAGCUCCCAACGCAAAGCUACCACGCAAUUUAAACCGAGACGCUACUUCGGUGCUACCAACUACAACUAUAACUAUAGACAACAGUACAGGAGUGCCCCUUAUGACGACUGGUAUUCAUGGUCUAAAAAUGACAAAGAUUGGAAGGGGUGGAAACAAGCUGAUACCGGCACAUCGGCCCCAUCUACUACUAAGAAGUCGUAG